AUGUCUAAGACUACUAAGGUUUCCACCAAGGCUGAGAAGCCCUCCAAGACCGUCAACAAGGUCAAGGACGCUGCCGUUACCAAGGCCACCAAGGCCAAGACCGCCGCCAAGGAGGACAAGACCUCCAAGAAGAACAAGAAGAAGGAGCCUACCCCUAGCAGCUCCGAGUCCGAGUCCGACAGCGAUGAGGAUAUGAAGGAUGCUUCCAGCUCUAGCGAGUCUGAGUCCGAGUCUGAGGAGGAGAAGCCCGCCCCCAAGAAGACCGAGAAGAAGGCCGCCGCUAAGGCUGAGUCUUCUGACUCUUCCGACUCUUCCGAGUCCGAGUCCGAGUCUGAGUCCGAGUCCGAGGAUGAGAAGCCCGCUCCCAAGAAGGCUGAAAAGAAGGUCGCUGCCAAGGAGUCUUCCGACUCCUCCGACUCCUCUGACUCUGAGUCUGAGGAUGAGAAGCCCGCUCCCAAGAAGGCUGAAAAGAAGGUCGCUGCCAAGGAGGAGUCUUCCGACUCCUCCGACUCCUCUGACUCUGAGUCCGAGUCCGAGGAUGCCAAGAAGGCCGAGUCUUCCGACUCUGAGUCUGGUUCUGGCUCCGACAGCUCUGACUCCGAGUCUGAGUCUGAGAAGGAGACUGUCUCCAAGAAGCGCAAGGCUGAUGACGAACCCGAGGCUGUUGCCAAGAAGUCCAAGACUGCUGAUGCUCCCGAGGGUGCCUCCGCCAACCUCUUCGUUGGCAACCUCUCCUGGAACGUCGACGAGGAGUGGCUCCAGCGUGAGUUCUCCGAGUUCGGUGAGCUCUCCGGCUGCCGCAUUGUCACCGACCGUGAGUCUGGCCGCUCCCGUGGCUUCGGCUACGUCGAGUUCACCAACGCUGCCGAUGCCGCUAAGGCCAUGGAGGCCAAGAAGGGUUCCGACCUCGACGGCCGUACCAUCAACCUUGACUACGCCACUGGCCGCCAGAACAACCAGCAGGGGACCAGCCCCGAGAGCGACACUCUCUUCGUUGGCAACCUUCCUUUCAGUGCCACUGAGGAUGCUCUCCACGAGGUUUUCGGUGCCCAGGGCAGCGUCCUCGGCAUCCGUCUGCCCACCGAGCAGGAGACCGGACGCCCCAAGGGCUUCGGUUACGUUCAGUUCUCUUCCAUUGAUGAGGCCAAGGCCGCCCACGGUGCCCUCCAGGGUGAGGAGAUCGAGGGUCGUGCCAUCCGUCUCGACUUCAGCACUCCCCGUCCCCAGGGUGGUGACCGUGGUGGCUUCGGCGGCCGUGGUGGUGGUCGCGGUGGUGGCCGUGGCGGCUUCGGUGGUCGCGGCGGCGGCGGUGGCUUCGGCGGCCGUGGAGGUGGUGGCCGUGGAGGUGGCCGUGGUGGCUUCGGUGGUGGCCGCGGCGGUGGCCUCAACAAGGGCAAGGGCAGCAUCCCCGAGUUCAAGGGCACCAAGAUGACCUUCUAA